UUUCAAUGUAGAUUUGUGACAGUUCGAAGGAAUAAAUUACCCAUAUCUACCACCACCAAUGUUCCUCUGUGUCCUUCCAUAACCAAACACUCGCUUUUGUUGAGCGCCGGAUGAGGUGGGGACAGUAACACCUGAUGCACCUAGCAGGUGUGGAGAAGUCUGCUGCGUGGCGCGGAGCUGCUGGACUCACACGGCCGCAGCCGCCUUGCGCUGACACAACGCGGUGAGGCACUGCACUCCUUCACCCCAACGCUUCCCACCUUGCCUCCACACGCCGGAGCUCGUGAGACAGGAUGCAGCGUUUUAACCUACUGCUGGUACCGCUGGUGGUGGGGGUGUUCUUCUACGCCUGCUACGUCAACAAUAAUCUAAGAGAAAAAAUUCAUCGCACUACCCGAGCCUUACGAGAGGCCAACAAAACGGACCUUCAGCUCCAGGUGUGCCGCAAGAGUUUGGGUGAACACAAGCUGUUUUCCAUCAGGGUGGACUCCGAGAAGAAGACGCUCAACUGGAGAAUCCGUCAUUUGGAUACGGAUAUGAAGAAACUGAAGGAGAAGGCGGAUAAGCUCCCAGAGAAGGACAAAAAGAUCAAGGAGCUGAAUGAAGAGUUGAAGAAGGUCAUUGAAAAGGAGACCACGGUGAAGAAGCUGCUCGAGGAGGCACAGAAAGCCCUAGACAUUUUGAAUAAGGAGAAGGAAGGGAAGGCCAAGAAUGCCAACGCCGCUCCCCCAGCGCUGCCAAACCCUCCGAAACAGCAAUGACGAAACAGUGUCAAGUGAGGAAAAUCAAAGAAACAAAAAGAGAAUGAGGCGGCAUGAUUUUGUACUAUUCUGCAAAGUUCAAUUUAGUGUUCACUCGCGUAUAGUCUAUGUAUGUAUUUAAUAAUUGUAAACACUCUGCUUGGCCAUGGGCUGUACGUCUGUGAUGAGUUUAUGUGACGUCGGAUGACACUGUUUAGUAACCAAAUGUGAGGAGCUAAGCAGGCCGACCUCUUCUUUACGACUACUACUACCACUACUACUGCUACUACCUCUACUACUACUACUACUUUUACUACUACUACAACUGCUGCUGCUACUACUAGUACUACUACUACUACUACUACUACUACUACUACUACUACUACUACUACCACCACUACUACUACUACUACUACUACUACUACUACUACUACUACCACCACCACUACUACUACUACUACUACUACUACUACUACUACUACCACCACUACUACUACUACUACUACUACCAUCACCACUACUACUACCACCACCACUACUAUAGUCAAUCCAGGAGGAACUGGCGGAUUGUGGGGUGAGAGGUGCGGGUCAGCCCCGCACCGCACCUUGCCACACACUCUCAACACUUCUCGCUUCCUCUCAUAUGCCAGCUAUUUACUACCUUUGAAUGAAUUUAAUUAAAUAAUUGGAUAAUCCAAUAAGGUCAUAUAGCGUUAAGAUUGUUUCCUUUUUAAGAUAAUAACAAAUAUUUUGUAUAAAUACCACGACACUUGACAACGUUGUAUUCCAACGUUGUCAUUCUACACAUCCAGAGCCCAGGUCACUUCUCUCAAGGUCAUGGAAGGGUCAGCAGGUGGGCCCAUGGGUGGCCCAAACAAGUACUUUUUAGACGAAAAAAACAACAGAGGAUUUAUCAUACCACUCACAAGAGUAACUGCAAGAACAGCAACAGCCACUAAUGUUAGUGAAAGAACUAUUGAAAGAGUCUGCGCCAAACUGGAUCAUGAGUGCAUGACGAACAGGUCACCAAGACAGCCUGUAUUCUCGUCCCCUAAGAAGA